AUGGUUCAGCAGCAGGAAGAGUCCCGACAUGGUUCAGCAGCAGGAAGAGUCCCCACAUGGUUCAGCAGCAGGAAGAGUCCCCACAUGGUUCAGCAGCAGGAGGAGUCCCCACAUGGUUCAGCAGCAGGAAGAGUCCCCACAUGGUUCAGCAGCAGGAAGAGUCCCCACAUGGUUAUGAGCAGUGGCCUUUACUCGAGCUCCGCAGAGACACAGAGCAGUGACAUUUCAGCGGAUUACACAGUUGUGGGUUGUAUUCCCGCAGUGUCAGAGGUGCAUGGCUUUGUAAUUAUCUCAGACUUUCAACGUUUGACCUCAGAGACCGUCCCAGUUCUGUGA